UUGGCUGCUGAGCUCAAGGAGAUUUCAAAUCGCAGCAGCAGCUGACGGAGCUGUCAAAACAGAGAGCGACUGCAGUCUGUUGGGCUGAAGUCAUGAGGACGAGUGAGUUUGACUCCUCAUCUGAUGAGGAGGAGGUCGGAGAGGAGCUGCUGACGCCUUUCAAAAUCUCCUGGUUACCUCUGUCCAUAGUGGAGUGCUCGCAGUUUCUUGGGAUAUGUGCACUACCAGGCUGCAAAUACAAAGAUAUCCGCAGGAGUCUGGAACGAGAUGUUGAGGAGCUCCAGAACCAGGGCGUUCAGGACCUGUUUGUGUUCUGCACCAGAGGAGAGCUUAACAAGUACAGGGUUCCCUCCCUGCUGGAGGUCUACCGGCAGCGAGGCUUCACGGUUCACCACACGCCCUUCCCAGACGGAGACGCUCCUGAGCUGGAGCAGUGCUGCCAGAUCCUCAAAGAGCUGCAGGUCAACCUCGAGAACAACAGGAGGACUGUGAUCCACUGUUACGGAGGCCUGGGACGCUCUGGAUUAAUCGCCGCCUGUCUGCUGCUUCAGCUCUCUCUAACAAUGACGGCGAACAAAGCCAUCGAAAUCCUCCGGGAGCACCGAGGAGGAGGAGCGAUACAAACAGUGAAGCAAUACAACUUCCUCCAUGAGUUUCGGGAACGGUACGCAGCCUAUCAGGAGAGCAGAGAGGUUUCCACAGAGCGCUCAGUGUCUCGGUGAUCACUUCUCCUCAAAUGACUGAGCCGUGAAAAUAUUCAUCUCUUCAAACUCUCUCCUUUGUCAGCGAUUUUUUUCCCUGAUUGUGUGUGACGUGUUAUUGUAUUCUCUAAUGAUUGCACUUUAAUAGAAUACUCUAAUAUAUUGCUUUAUUUUGUCCUCAUUUUAAUCAAAUUAAAGACUUGAUGAGGAAAUCCUGCUGGGGUGUUAUUAGUAAGUUUAAAAGGGUGUUUGCAUUUAAAAUAAUGGAGGUUUUUGUUCUAAAUGUUGAGGAUGUUAACUGGGAAAAGGUCUCCUGCUGUAUCUAUACUCUUAUUUUAAGACCAAUGAGCUGCAUUUUCUGAAAUGGUCUUUUCUCUAAAUCUGUAGCACUGGUACCUUCUUGCUCCUUUUAUUAGCCACGUUGCUAUUAUGGCUAAUAAGAUGUGUAUUUUUUGCUCAUGUACUCAUCUCCUUCAUUGAGUUAAAGCA